AGCAUGAAAAUUGAUGAUAGAGCUUGACUUGGACCUGACGAUGCCUACAUCAUCUUGUCUCCACAUGUGCUGCCCAUGUCAUACCCGAGUGUCAAUUUACUACAGACUAGAUGAAUUGAAGUACAGGAUGUGGGCUAUGAUUAACAUUGACAGAUAUUGCGAAGAAAUAGGAAAAACCCACGUGAAAGGGCAUCAAUAAUUGCAUCCAACAAUACAUUAUCUACUUAAAAUAGAAUAUACACGUAUGCCUAUGCCAUAUGAAGGAGACAAGGUAGCAAGCCACUCGUGCAUGUGUAUAUAUAAACCAUUUUACACUAGCUACAAUGAGAUGUGAUGAGAUGUCCAUAUAUUACGUGUGGCCCACAUGGGAUAUCACAUGCCCGACCCAAUCCCAUCUAACCUUAACUUAAAAGAGGCCGAGAUUCCCUAUGUCUCCUCUCUGCACGGUGUAUUGCUAGACACUGUUGAUAUAAAAAGCUCCCCAUGGAGGAGGAGACCUGUACCAUCCUUCUUCCCCAUUCUAACAUUGGUUUGCAUAUUGAGGCCAGUCGUGAUCUAAAAGAAAGAUGGUUGGCCCACUUGUAAUGCCCAAAAAUCCUUACCAUGUCCGAUCCGUUAGCAUGCCCCCCAUAUCACAUCCCCUCGCCCUUAGAGUCGAUGAUCAAUUGCAGAAAUUACAGGCUUGGGAAACCUCAUCAUCAUCCGCCCACCUCACGGUUGAGAUGUUGUGCGACGGUUUUCGUGGUCUCGGAGAUUUGAACGAUUCCGUCCAGGAUUUGCUUCAAUCUCCACUCACCCAACAAGCCCUAGUCCGCAAUGGGAGCGACACAUGGGUGAAUGAGAUGUUGGAUGGUUCUCUUAGAAUAUUGGACUUGUGUGAAACUACAAAGGAUGUCUUCAAGCUGAUGAAGGAAGAUGUGCAGGACCUCCUAUCUGCUCUUCGCCGAAGAAGAGUAGGAGACUCUGGUCUCCAUAACCAAGUUCGUGAUUACAUUUCUUCAAGAAAGAAGAUAAAGAAGGAGAUGGACAAGUGCCUCAAAGAAUUGAAGAGAAUGGAAAGCAAAUUUGCAUUCUCAACUCUCUACGACAAGGAUCAACACCUUGUUGUGAUGAUAGGGGUGCUCAGACAAGUAAGGUCGAUCACCAUCUCCAUCUUUGAAUCCCUCUCGUCAUUCAUCUCAUUAUCAACGCUAAUGACAAAGACAACCAGGCCGUCAUUGAUUUCCAAAUGGAUGGCGGGGAAAGGGCGCGUAGCAUGUGAAGUGGAGAUGGAAAAAAUGAGCGAAGCCGAACAGUUAGAUGCCUAUCUCUGCAAUCUCUGUGUCAACAAAUCAUGCAAAGAUAUCGACACAGAGUGCGUGAAAAAUGUGCACAAGGGAUUGAAGGCAAUGGAUGUAAGUCUCCAGAGUCUUGAGAAUGAAUUAAAUUGCGUGUUUAGGGGUUUGAUCAAGACCAGAGUCUCCGUUCUCAACAUCCUCAAUUACUAGCAGAUCUAUUGAGCAGUCCAUCCGUCCACAAUGCUAAUCCUCUUCACCCAGUCUCCCUUCUGCAGUGGCAUCUUUAAUUCUUAUGAAAUGCCCACGGAUUUUAAGUGUAGAUUGUUGUAAAUGAAAGAAGAAUGCAUGUAACAUAUUAUAAAAAUAUCAAAUCAAUAUACUUAUUCGUCUCAGAUG